UAUAAAAUGUGAAAAUAAUAUUUUACUUUUUAUUUUGCAUGAUAACAUGAAGAAGAUUCUUGGCUUGUUCGUCAAGCUGUGUAAAACUAGUGGUGGGCCUUCUUAAUUCACUCGAAGAUAUCACUUAAAUUAUUAAAUGAUGCUCAUGCUCUGCUCUUAUCCGAGUCUAUCUUUUAUUUUUUAAGUUAAAAAGUCUCAUGAGCUGUACCUAGGAAGAAGCAUAAUAUAAUAUACUGAAAAAAAAAAUUUGAAGGUAGUAGCAGGGAAUGGAAACUGCAGAGGAGCAGAAGCCGAGAGUUGUGGUGAUUGAUUCUUUGCAAUCAUGGGAAUUCUAUGUCAAUCAGGCCUCUACCCAGAACUCCCCUGAAGUAGCAAAGAGGAUGGAUGUGAAGGCAAUGCCAACAUUCGUGGUGGUGAAGGACGGUGCUCCAUUGGAGAAGGUGGUUGGUGCGAAUCCGGAAGAGAUAAAGAAAAGGAUAGAUACUUUUGUUCAGUCCAUUCGUGACUCAGUAGCAUAGAUUUGAUUGAAAAGUGAAAGCUAUUGCAUCUAAUAUCAUACUACUUUUUCAACUUGUGUGCUGCUUUAAUUUCUGGUCCUUCCUGCGCCAUCUACAUUCCAGGUCAAAGUCAAACAUGUAAUUUCCCACUUUGUUAAUAAAUUUGUACAUUUUUACAGUUAACUAAGUUGUUGCUGGUUUAUUUUAUGGUUAUAUUUGAUUGGAAUCGGUAAAACUCAACGACUAUGUAUUGCUGUCUUUGUAUUGGUUCAUUCGCUAGCUAAAAAAAUUAUUCUUCAUAAACAAAUGCCAUGCAUACUUGCAAUUAUUUGAGUUUAAUUUAUGUUGUGUGUGUUUGGAUUCCUUUAGCAUUAAGCCUAAGCCACUGUAAUAUUUGAGCUAGGAGUUUGUGGUCAAUUCCCAACAAUGUUAGGAUCCUGUUCCUUUUGGUCAACCGUGAUAUUUUUCUAUGAUGAUUGAUUAUUGACAACUUAGAAGCUAAUGCCUAAUCCCAAUAUCACGAUGAAUGAAUCUAAAAAAUGAAGAACUUGAAUUGGAAAAAAAAAAAGAUUUGUGUAAGAAUUUAUUUUUUUUUUUAACUCAUUUAUUUUACAUCAAAACAAGUAAACUUCUGGCUCAUUUUUUUGGUUAUGAAAGCCAUAUAUGUGUUGUGCUGCGUUAUGGAGUAUGGAGGUACUAGACAAAUAUGUGGGACAGUUUUUUUUGAGUUGUUCUGUAAACAAGUCGGACCAUGCGAUUUUUUUUUUUGAAGGAAAAUUUGGACAAAUCGGAUGGUUCGAUUUGCAAGGAGCAAGUUUCGAAUUUUGGACGAAGCAAAUCGGACCGUCCGUAUUGUAUAUAUAAUUAAUUUUUUUAUAAUACGAAAAUCAAAUCGGAUGGUCCGAAUUGAUUAUUAUAUUUUUUUUUUGAACGAGCUGGAACAACUGGUUGGGUCCGAUUUAUGCAGAUAUAUGCAUAUAAAAGUGUGUAACUCAUAAACAAGUUAGCAGAUACCGUCUUGAUCUUCCGCUUUCUUCCACUCGUGUUUCUCUCUUCUUUGCUAUGAGGUAAAAAAAAUUGAUAGUGAAGUUUCUGUUUUUGUUGAGGUUGGUGAGAGAAAUGGAUGAUAGAGUUCUUUUAAAAGGUUAUUAUUUUUGUCAGAUUUUGUUUACAAACAUCUGAAUGAGUAAAUUUUAUUUGUGAAAAUUUGUUAGAUGUUAUUCCCUUCACAAUCUCAUUUGAAGAGCUCAAAAGUGUGAUUUGUGAAAAGAUAGAUUCUGAAAUGUUAAGGAAAAUAUCAUGUAUUUUAUACAGACAUCCCAUACCAGUAUUUGGUGGAUUCGUUCAAUUUCAAACCAAAUAUAUAACCGACGAAGCGAGUAUGCAAGAGAUGUUUUCAAUGUAUAUUGAAAGUCGUGCCCAAAUGUCGUUCAUCGAGCUGUACAUUGAAUUCGAACAAUCUGAGGCCGACCAAAAUAUUGUACGGCAAGAUUACAAUAGUGACAGUGAGGAAGAGUUCGAAAGCAAUUAUGAAGUUGCUGAUCCAAAUGGAGAUGAAGAUCAAGCUGACAGCACUAUGGCUCUAAAUGUGACAGACGUGGCAAAUGCACUGGCAAACGAAGUGCCAUUUGAGGAGCCAUCUUUCAUACGAGUGUUGGAUUUGGAAGCUAUGCAUGCUUUGAAGUUUCCGGAAUAUAUGAGCGCCGAAGUUCCUUUCGUUGCAGAUGGUGAAUUUGCUGUGGGGAUGGAAUUCAAUUCAAGGGAAGCUGUUAUUAAGGCGAUGAAAGAGUAUGCCAUCCGAAGAAGUGUAGACUACCGGGUGUAUGAGUCGGAAUCGUUGACAUUUUAUGCCAAAUGUACACAGUACGGGGAGGGGUGUAAUUGGCUUAUCAGGGUUAGCAUGAUCAGCAGAAAGUACUGUUGGGUUAUAAAGAGGUAUAAUGGUAGUCACACUUGUACCAGAGCCACCAUUUCUCAGGAUCAUUCGAAGCUGGAUUCGAACACAAUUGCAGAAGCAAUAAAGCCGUUGGUUGAGACUGAUCCCUCGUUAAAGGUAAAAUCAGUUAUUGCAGAAGUGCAAUCGCAGUUCAACUACACCAUCAGUUAUCGAAAAACAUGGUUGGUUAAGCAAAAGUAGUAGAAAAAAUAUUUGGAGGUUGGGAAGCAUCGUACGAAACGUUGCCGAUAUGGUUUGAGGCCAUAUGUUAUAAGGAGCCAUCAGCUAUCAUCCAUUUUGAGAGCGGUUUAUCAAGACUAUGCCUGCAUAUCAAGGCGAUGACUUGGUAAGUAAUAUCCGAGUAUUGCAGCGAGUCUUUUGGAGUUAUUACCCCUGCAUUAGAGCAUUCAGACAUUGUAAACUAGUUGUCUAGGUGGAUAGGACUCACUUGUAUGGAAAGUAUAAGGGUUGUUUGUUAGUGGCAGUUUUACAAGAUAGUAACAACAA